CGCGCCGUUUACAUUCCCGCUUUCUCUCAACGGUCGUCUGGUCUGAACCCGCGAACACACAACAAUGGCAACAAUACCAUUACGUUUACAACUAUGGAGCUCCAAGCUAAAGUUCCUCCUCCACCUACCAAAACCCACCAUACCACCCUUCAAAACGACGUCGUACAACCAGUUUUCCUCCCUUUCUCUCUCCUCCGCAACCCACCAUCCCAAGCAAGUAGGGACCCACAACGGAAGCUUCCAUUGCGACGAAGCUCUCGGUUGCUUUCUCCUUCGUUGCACCUCCAAAUUCGCUGAUUCCCAGAUUAUUCGAACCAGAGACACUCAGGUGUUGAACACGCUGGACGCUGUGUUGGAUGUUGGAGGAGAAUAUGAUUUGAGGCGCGAUCGGUAUGAUCAUCAUCAGAAGGGUUUUGAUGAGGUUUUUGGUUAUGGAUUUGGGACGAAACUCAGUAGUGCUGGACUUGUCUACAAGCAUUAUGGAAAGGAGAUAAUUGCAAAGGAGCUUCAACUUGAUCAGGGACACCCAGAUGUUCAUCACUUGUUCUUAGCUAUCUACAAGAAUUUCAUUGAGGCGAUUGAUGCAGUAGACAAUGGUAUAAAUCAAUACAAUACAGACCUAUCACCAAAAUAUGUCAUUAACACAUACUUGUCAUCAAGAGUGGGGAGAUUGAAUCUUAACUGGACAGAUCCUGACCAGUCAGCUGAACAAGAAAAUGAUGCCUUCCGGAAGGCGAUGAUGUUGGCAGGAAAUGAGUUUUUGGAGAGCAUCCAUUUUCAUGCACAAUCAUGGUUACCGGCUCGAUCAAUUAUUGUGGAGUGUCUUGCAGCAAGGAAAGAUAUCGACCCAAGUGGAGAAAUCAUGGUGCUCAAGAAGUCUUGUCCUUGGAAGCUUCACAUUUUUGAGCUUGAGGAGGAUUUGAAGGUUCAGCCUUCCAUCAAAUAUGUUAUCUAUGAGGACGAUAGACGAACAUCUUGGCGGGUGCAGGCAGUAGCUCUUGGACCAGAUAGAUUUGAAAGCCGUAAGCCCUUGCCACAUCAUUGGAGGGGUUUGGAGGGCAAAGAACUUUCUGAGAUAGCAGGGAUCCCUGGCUGUGUAUUUGUUCAUAUGAGUGGUUUUAUUGGUGGAAAUCAAACUUAUGAGGGUGCACUUGAGAUGGCAAGAGCUUCCUUAAAAGCAUAAAAGAGGUCUAAACUACCGUACAAUUGCGUAUAUUUUUGCUUAUUCUCAACAUCCCGAAUAUGGCAGAGGAGAUUUAGCAAAUGUCAAGGACAUGCAAUCAGUAGCUGUAUGCACAAUAUGUUCAUCACAACUUUCCUGUGGUUCCAGUCCAUCAGCAGAAUUCAUAUUUUAAUUUUCCUAUGAAUGUGAGAUUGAUGAAAGCUGUUCCACUUUUCCAGCCUUUGAAGAUUAUCAGCCUCUCUAUUCUGAAAUGCACAACGGUGAAGUAUUCACUGUUAUAAAGAGGUAAUCUCUUCUAACAUAACUUUUUGUUAAAAAUUUAGAAGUGAAUCAUAUAUGUAAUUCCUUUUGUUCAAUUGUCUGUAUUGGAAAUUCUAAUCUUUAGUUUAUCAUCGAACAAAAACCUUGUGUAGGCCGCAUCAUUUUUGAGUGGUGGGCUAUUGCAUACUCGUAAUUUUUUGUUACUAUUUAGUGGUGUCAUGUUUCA